CAAUACAUGGCCACAGCUCAUGUAACCAUGUAUCUUAUAGAAUAAAAGAGUUGAUUGGAGACCAGCUAGAAAUUGAAACAUCCGCCCGAACCGCCAUCCUUUGGGAGAGAGAGAAAGUCUGUUGUUUUUGUUAAUGUUGUUGUUAGGAUUCGUCUCCCUCAUCGAAGAAGAAGAGGAAGCUGAUAUUUGUUAAGGCAUUACACAAGUGCACCAAUUGUGUACGUUUCACAGUGUAACAUUUCAUGGAUUCUGAACUAUUUUUGUAGAAAGAGAGAGCAACAAGUGGUUAUUGUUGUUGUUUCUGAUUGCUUGGUCUCUUCACUUCUCAUCUGCCUUCUUCUUCAAUGGCCCAAACUCUUCACAAUGAUCAUCAUCAUACUACUAAUAAUAAUAAACCCAAGAGGCUUUAUCAAGUUUGGAAGGGAAGCAAUAGUUUGAUUAUUUGACUUGCAGAAACGUUCAAGCGAAGCUGAUUUUGAUCUUACCUAUUGAUAUUACUAUGGAACUCCUCAUUUCUAUGUUUAAUUACACUUAUAGAUUUUUCUGUGGUGGGAGGCUGAUCUUUGGUCCUGAUGUUGCAUCAUUAUUUCUGUCUACUAUCCUUAUUGCUGUCCCUGCAAUUUCUUUUUUUAUAAGAAUCUAUAAGAAGAUAGAAGACGGUCAUGGUGGUUAUCAUUAUCCGGUACUAAUUUUGGGAGCCAUCCUCACUGUUCUGGAUUUGUUAUUUCUUUUCCUGACUUCUGGUAGAGAUCCUGGGAUAGUUCCUAGAAAUACAAAGCCACCUGAAGCAGAUGAAGUAUUUGAUGCCCCAACCCCAUCUAUGGAAUGGAUCAAUGAUAGAACUCCUCAUCUCACAUUACCUAGAACAAAAGAUGUGACUGUUAAUGGCCACACUGUCAAAGUGAAGUAUUGCGAUACUUGUUUACUUUAUCGUCCACCCCGUGCUUCUCAUUGCUCUAUCUGCAACAAUUGUGUUCAGAGAUUUGAUCACCACUGUCCAUGGGUUGGUCAGUGCAUCGGCAUUCGCAAUUAUCGGUUCUUCUUCAUGUUCAUAUCAACGUCAACCAUCUUGUGCGUUUAUGUCUUUGUGUGUUCUUGGGUCACUAUUCUUGAUCACCAUAAGAACAUUUUGAAGGCUAUGAAGAGGGAGAUACUGUUAGAUUUUCUCAUAGCUUACUGCUUCGUUGCUGUUUGGUUUGUUGGUGGCCUCUCAGUUUUUCAUUUCUAUCUAAUUUGCACAAACCAGACUACAUAUGAGAACUUCCGGUUCCGGUAUGAUAAAAAGGAGAACCCAUAUCACCUGGGCAUUGCAAGAAACCUAAAAGAUGUUUUCUUCUCCAAUAUCCUACCUUCAAAGAACAAUUUCCGAUCAUUUGUGGAGGAAGAUGACCAUACAGUGAUGGGAUCUUUCACACCGGCUCUUACUGAAGGUAUUGUUGGCUCAAAGGAGAAAAUCGACAUUGAAAUGGGAUUGAAGCAUGCUGAGGACAGUGAUUAUUCAUUUCCUGAAAUUCUGAGAAAUUUGGAUCUUGAUAAUCUAGAAGAAAGUUUUAAGAUGAAGGAGGAAGGAGAUAGAUCAGCUUUUGAAUUCGUGUCAGUUAACCAGGACGUGAAAGAUUCAGUUCAAAUCAGCAUUGUUGAAGAUGGAGUGAUAGAAUCUGUGGAAGGUCCAGCUGUUAAUGAUAGAGCGAGAGACUCCAAAACAAGCUUUGAUGUUGAUGUAUUAAUAGAAUCUAUUCAAAUCUCAUCUAGUGGAGAUGAGGCUGAGGCGCUGGAGAAACCUGAUGAGCGGUCCAAGUCCAUUUGAAAUACUGCACUACUUCUGUAAACAUAGAGGUUUUGUGUGGGACAUCUCUUCUUUGGCAUGAAAAUGUUGAAGCAGAUGUGAAAGGCUGGUCUCAGAAAUUGAUCUGUAUUUUGUUGUUUUGGGUCAUAAGCUUUUCGAAUAUGAAGGUUUGAGUUUAUGCUUAACAAAUCUGUUUGAACUAGGAAAGUAGAGGAAAUGUAUCCAAACAUUUAAUUCAUGUGUUUUGCAAUUUGUAAAUGUCAUCUUCAAUCCAAAUAAUGCUGAAACCUUUUUUAUAGGAACAAAUGCUCAGAUUUUUAGCUAUA